AUUUCUCACAAAACAAAUUCAUUACUUCCAUUAAUAAUCUCUCUCAAACUCUUUUCUCUUGUUCCAAAACUAAAACUAAAAAAAACACGAUCAUGGCUUUGAUUAAGAACAACGUUGUAUUUUUCACUUCUUUGUUGAUUCUUGUGGCUCUUUUUAGUGUUGCUGUUGGAGGAACCAUUCACAAAGUCGGUGACACUAAAGGAUGGACGAUGGCGGGAGUCGAUUACGAGGAUUGGGCUUCUUCAAGAACUUUUCAAGUGGGAGACUCCUUGGUUUUCGCAUACAACAAAGAUUUCCACGACGUCACGGAAGUCACUCACAAUGAUUUCGAGCUGUGUGAAUCGUCUAAACCGCUUAAGAAAUACAAGACCGGAUCUGACUCAAUCAUUCUAACCAAACCGGGACUCCAACACUUCAUAUGCGGAGUUCCUGGUCACUGCAACAUGGGGCAAAAGCUUCUAAUCCAUGUCUUACCGGCUUCGUUGGGUCCUGUCGCUGCUCCGGUUCCUGGACCUGUUCGAUCACAUUCUCUUUCACUAGCCAACGCUCCACAGUCUCAGCAUCAGAUGGCUCCAUCAUCUCUUCAAAGCGGCGCCUCGAAAUCAGCUUCUUGGAUCGGCUUCAGCUUGUUGGCUUUGAUCUUAGCAUUCUAGAUUCAUUGUUAGAAUAGUGGAACAACCGUUUUAUUCUUUAUUUUUCUAUUACUGUAAUUAUUAGGUUUUUCAUGUGCUUCUUAUAAGUUUUAAGUCUUUUUGUUUAGCUUUUUCACUAAUGCAAAUUUUCUU